UCAGCCUCCCAAAGUGCUAGGAUUACUGGCGUGAGCCACCACGCCCAGCCAGCUCCCUCUAGUUUUUUGAUGCUGAGGCCCACCCUGAUGCCCCGUCUGUUUGCCCGUCUUUUGUCAUUGGAGGGUUAAAUGAAAUGUGAGUGUCACCCGAACAUCUGGGUUCCUAUCUGUGCACCUCCUCCUGUCUUCAGGCUGCCUUUGAGGCAGCAGCCUCACUGGGGACUUUGACCGGCCCCACCCAUUCUUCACUGAACCUCCUGCUCCAGCCUCUGCCUCCUCCAUUUUGAUGUCUAGAAUCAGGGGAUCCAGGAUCAUCAACAAGGUCAUUUUCCCAGACAGGUGUGCUGAGGCUGUAGAAAGUGCUUUUUAUUUGGUUGGGAGCUUGUGCAUAAAUGCGAGAGGGGCUGCACAUCUGACGGACUACUGAGGUGACUCAUGGCUGAACCGGAACAGGAUAUCGGGGAGAAGCCAGCAGUCAGAAUUCAGAACCCCAAAGAAAAUGACUUCAUUGAAAUUGAACUGAAGAGGCAAGAACUGAGUUACCAAAACCUACUAAAAGUGAGUUGCUGUGAACUGGGGAUUAACCCAGAACAAGUGGAAAAGAUCAGAAAGCUACCAAACACACUGCUCAGAAAGGAUAACGACAUUCGAAGACUGCAGGACUCUCAGGAAGUGGAACUCAUUUUAAUGAAAAAUGGAAGCUCCGGAUUGACAGAAUAUAUACCAUCUCUGACAGAAAGGCCCUGCUAUAAUAGCAAAGCUGCAAAAAUGACUUAUUAAAUAAUCCCAGGAAUGGCCGAGCGUGGUGGCUCAUGCCUGUAAUCUCAGCACUUUAGGAAGCCAAGGUGGGCAGAUCACCUGAGGUCAGGAGUUCUAGACCAGCCUGGCCAACAAUAUAGUGAAACCCCGUCUCUACUAAAAAAAAUACAAAAAUUAGCUAGGUGUGGUGGCACACACCUGUAGUCCCAGCUACAUGGGAAGCUGAGCAGGAGAAUCGCCUGAACCCAGGAGGCAGAGGUUGCAGUGAGCUGAGACUGCACCACUGCACUCCAGCCUGGCAACACAGCAAGACUCUUUUGAAAUAAAUAAAUAAAUAAAU